CUCGACAUGUAUCAUCAUAACGGAUCAACGAACAAGGUCUCCUUUUUCUUCUCCUGGAAAAUCUAAAGCCACAAACACCACCGCAUAGAGUUCGAAAGCAAUCUUUUAAUUUUUUGAUUUUUAGCGUUACAGGAAUAGCUAUAUUCUUACAAAGAUUGGCUCGAAAAAAUGAUGCGGCUGCGCACAUACGCGAGCCUCAGUUUGGUGGGUGCUCUAGCUGUAACUUAUCAUGCAUUCAACAGUAGAGGCCAGUUUUACCCAGCUAUGGUUUAUUUAUCCACGUCUAAGAUCACUUUAGUCCUUCUUCUCAACAUGGGUUUAGUCAUUAUGUGCAUUUUAUGGCAAUUCAUUAAGCGGCUCUUCCUUGGUUCCCUCCGUGAAGCUGAAGUUGAGAGGUUGAAUGAGCAGUCGUGGAGAGAGCUCAUGGAAAUUCUCUUUGCCAUUACUAUUUUUAGGCACGACUUCUCCGUAACCUUUCUUGCCAUGGUCACCACCUUGUUAUUAAUCAAGUCUCUGCAUUGGUUGGCUCAAAAGAGGGUUGAAUACAUUGAGACAACACCAUCUGUUAACUGGUUAUCUCAUGUUCGGAUUGUUUCUUUUCUGGGUUUCCUUUUUCUCCUAGACAGCCUGUUUUUGUACAGUUCUGUAAAGUAUUUGCUUGAAACAAGGCAGGCUUCAGUGUCUCUCUUCUUCUCGUUCGAGUACAUGAUACUGGCGACAACAACUGUGUCAACAUUUGUAAAAUAUGUUUUCUAUGUGAGCGACAUGCUUAUGGAAGGACAAUGGGAAAAAAAGCCUGUUUACACCUUUUAUUUGGAAUUUGUUCGGGACUUGCUUCACUUGUCUAUGUAUCUGUGCUUCUUCCUUGUCAUUUUCAUGAACUAUGGUUUGCCCUUACACUUAAUACGGGAGCUUUAUGAGACACUCAGGAAUUUCAAAAUUCGUGUUGCUGAUUACAUUCGAUAUAGGAAGAUCACUUCCAAUAUGAAUGAUCGGUUUCCAGAUGCAACAGCUGAAGAGAUUGAUGCAAGUGAUGCAACCUGUAUUAUUUGUCGUGAAGAGAUGACCACAGCCAAGAAGUUAUUAUGUGGACAUCUUUUUCAUGUUCAUUGUCUGCGUUCAUGGUUGGAGCGACAACAUACUUGCCCUACAUGCAGAGCCCUAGUUGUACCACCUGAAAAUGGUGUCAAUGCAGCUGGAGGACAACAUGGAGCACAACCAGAUACUCACCAACAGGAAACUGGCACUGCAACAUCUGCAACUCGGAUUUCAGCUGGUGGAGUGGCUGAUGAUAGUUUGAGCAGGAAUCAGGUCAGACUCCAAGCUGCUGCUGCUGCCGCUUCUGUAUAUGAGAAGUCAUUCACAUAUCCUUCAGCAAACACUAUAAUGUGGUCACCUGGAUAUGCCUUAGUCCCUCAGGUUCAGAGGCCUUUGGCUGACACCACUAAUAUGGAGCCAAGUGGAGAUCAAGGUGUCGUUGGACAACCACGGCUGCAAUUUUCUAUCCAAGGUGGACCCUCAAACUUGACCUUGCCUCAACUUCCCCACUGUGUCUUUGUCCCCUUUCAGGCACCUGGUGCUUGUGUGUAUCAGGGAGAGAGAACGUGCAGUACACCAGACUCUGAGUUGGAAGCUCAGAAAAAGUUUCUUCAACAUCAGAUUGAGGUCCUGCAAAGUCAGCUCCAACUACUACAGAAGCCGGAGACUGAGGAAAACAUGCUUUUGGCUCCCACUACAUCAUCAGAUAAUAAAGGCAAGACUGUUGCAUCAUCACCCUCUGUAUCAGAGUCUGGUUAUCACGCAGAGAUUGGCCAGACUGAUGAUGCUGACGCAGCAAAUAACGUAGAUCUCAAGCUUUAAGGUUGCAAACUCUAGUAUAUUUUUUUUUUUGAAAUUUGAAUAAUAGUCUUGAUCUUAAUAAAAUAAACUAGAUAUUUCUAUUUA